AAAGUGACUCAUUCCAAAAACGCUCUCCCUGCAGCCUGCUCCUGGACGGUGACCACGCACCACGGUAACCAGAGGCCAUCACCAUGUCGAAGGACCAGAAUGGAACCUGGGAGAUGGAGAGCAAUGACAACUUUGAAGGCUACAUGAAGGCCCUGGAUAUUGAUUUCGCCACCCGCAAGAUCGCGGUCCGCCUGACUCAGACCAAGAUCAUUCAGCAGGACGGCGAUAACUUCAAGACGAAAACCAACAGCACGUUCCGCAACUAUGACCUGGAUUUCACCGUUGGAGUGGAGUUUGACGAGCACACCAAGGGCCUGGACAACCGCACUGUGAAGUCGCUGAUCACCUGGGAAGGCAAUGUCCUCGUGUGCGUGCAGAAGGGGGAGAAGGAGAACCGUGGCUGGAGGCAGUGGGUUGAAGGGGACAAGCUCUACCUGGAUCUGACAUGCGGUGACCAGGUGUGCCAUCAAGUGUUCAAAAAGAAGUGAUGGCCAUGAGGGGCCUGCUCCACACUCCCAGUGAAGGGUUCUUCACCGGCUUUGAGACGAAGCCGUGGGGACCCUCCCACUCCUGACAGAGCCUGUUAAGACAUCUGGAUGGGUUUUACACGGAACGAAUGUGUACCAGUGACAAACAUAUUCUCCCUUCGUUGAAACCUGGCAUUAAAUGAAAAAACAAAA